CGCAAAUAAAAGUGUUUUCAUUUGUACUUGAUGCAGGUGUUGAACUGAACCUUCAGUUAAUAACUAAUAAAAUGUGUUUCCUCCUACAGAGAAAAGAGCAGACGGAGGCGGCGCCCCCUGCUGGUCGCCCGGCCGCCCUGCAGGUGUGGGAUGAGCUGCAGCCUCCAGGUGUUUUCACUCUGAACAUCUGUCGACCCGCCACCAAAGACUUUGGUUUCGCUGUGACGGGACACGUGGACGGAGAUGGGAAAAGUCUUGUCUACGUCAGCGAGGUCGACCCGCUGGGACAGUCGGCCCAAGAGGGCCUCAGGGCAGGAGACCAGGUCCUGGCGGUGAACGGUGCCGGUGUGUCCGGGCUGGACCUGGACCUCAUGCAGAGUAUCUUCAGCCACCAGAAGCUCCAGCUGCUCCUCCAGAGGGACCAGGAGCCCGCUGACCUUUCCUGGAGCCCGUCCCCCCCGCUCCCUCCGCCCCCCCCAGACCUCCAGAACUGGACCAGCACCGAUACGACAGCCACAGAUCCAGACGGCUUCCCGCUUCCUGUUUGUGAUGGCAAGCUGCAAAGACAGACCGUAGAGCGGGAUCACGACCUCUACCAAACUUCCCCAGAAGGUCGAUCUGCGGAGGCCGACCUUCCCAGGAACCCGUACGGCCGAGACGCCGUCUUGAAGCCUCCAAGCCCCGCCCACCUGAGCGUGUGUCAGCGUCUGCGUAAAGUCAUCCAGGAACUGGUCGACACGGAGAAGUCCUACGUCAAGGAUCUGGUCCGUCUCUUUGAGGUCUACCUGAGUCCGCUGCAGAAGGAGAACUUCCUCAGUAAAGCAGAGAUGGAGGCAUUGUUUGGAAGCCUGCCAGAGAUGUUGGACUUCCAGAGAGUUUUCCUUCAGACGCUGGAGGAGAGGAUCGACUCCUGCCCCGACUUUGGCCACCUGGAAACACCUGGAGAGUUCAAGCAUCUCCUCUUCUCUUUGGGAGGAUCGUUCCUCUACUACGCCGACCACUUCAAGCACUACAGCGGCUUCUGUGCCAACCACCUGAAGGUGCAGAAGGUCCUGGAGAGAGCCAAGACAGACGGAGCCUUCAAGUUCUUCUUGGAGACCAGGAACCCAACCAAUCAGCACUCGUCCUCUCUGGAGUCGUACCUGAUCAAACCGGUCCAGAGGGUCCUGAAGUAUCCGCUGCUGCUGAGAGAGCUGGUGUCUCUGACGGAGCCCGAGAGCCCCGAGCACACUCACCUGACAGAGGCGCUGAGAGCGAUGGAGAAGGUGGCGACUCACAUCAACGAGAUGCAGAAGAUCUACGAGGACUUUGGCUGCGUGUUCGACCAGCUGUCUGCAGAGCACAGCUCACCUGACAGACAGGUGACGGAGAUCUCCAUGGCAGAGUUCCUGGUCCACUCGUCGGUGGUGUGGCUGAACCCACUGCCCGGUCUCCGUCGGUUGAGGAAGGAGCCAGAGCUCACUCUGUUUGUGUUCAGACGGGCCGUCGUCCUGGUUUACCGAGAGAGCGGCAAGCUGAAGAAGAGGAUGACCGCCGCCCGCCCAGCCGACCUGGACCCCUUCAGGUUCCGCUGGUUGAUCCCCGUGUCAGCGGUUCAGGUCAGACCAGCGGGCAUCACAGGCUCGGAGGAUCAGUGCGUGUGGGAGCUGGUCCACAGCCGCUCGGAGGUGGAAGGACGACCGGAGACAGUGUUCCAACUCUGCAGCAGCGGUUUGGAGACGAAGGCCAGCGUUCUUCAAGCUCUGCGCUCGCUCCUCAGAGACCGAGCGCCGGCCGGCUCCGUGAGGAGGACCAGGCCGCCGCCGGCCGAGAGGAGCAGCUCAUGGAGGAGGCGGCAGCAGAGGAGGACGCCUCCUCGUCGGGCGGAGGAGACCUGCUCGGAGCCUCUGCUGCCCAGCCGAGCCGCCGCCGACCUGGCGGGGAAGAGGACCAGACUCCGAUCCCUCACCGGCGAGCUGGAGGCCCAGCUGCAGAGGCUGAACUUCACCGAGCAGGAGGCGGAGCACCGGAGGAGCCAGGAGCAGAGGGGGAGCUCCAGUCUGAGACGGUGUCCAGGAGGAGAGGUCCUGGACCUUGGUGGCUUCAUGGAGAGAGACUUCAGCGUUCAGAGCAUGACCUCCAUGAUCAACGAGGACUGCUUCUACGACCCCACUCUGGGAAGACAGACAUGCUAACGUGCUAACGUGGAGAGACUGAAGCUUCAAGGCUUCUGGAGCUAAACUCCAGAUGCCGGAGGCCAUUCACCAGACUCAAUGGUGUUUUCUGACCUUGAUCACUGGGAAGUUCUAGUUUUCUAAAACACUGCUGACUGACGAACAAGCUCCCGUCUCUCAAGAUGAUCACAGUCGACGGGAAGAAAUUAAAUUAAAUUACAACAGGCUAAACUAAACAAAACCAUGUUGUGUUUUCUUUAAUCGGCCUCUUUAGAAACACCUGAAAUUAACAUUAUUAGAGCCACUGUCACAGGCAAUACACAGAUUCUGAGAAUAACGUCAAAAUAUAAGUCUUGUUGAACACAAAGUGUUUUGAAAAGAACAUUAUUUUAUUAAAGGAAUUCAUUAAAGGUAUUUUUUCUAAUAAGAGAUCAUAAAUAUCACAACUUCUUCUCCUACUCCUAUUUAAAAAUGUGACCUCAUUCUAGAUAUAAAAAAUAAGCCCUUUCUCUUCAAAUUGCUACGGAAUUCUUUUAAAUUAGCAUGUUAAAUAUGAUUAAAAUACAACUUUAUUCCUGUAACAUUUAUAUUUUUUUUUAAAUAAAUGCUUUUGUCCCUUAAAAGUGCUGCAAAUUAAACUCUUCAAAAACACUUAUGUCCUUUAAAUCCUCACAGUGGCUUUAAUAAUAAUAACAAUAAACACAACCAUAUAAAAUCCAGAAACUCCUUUUCUCCACCGUGUUACAGUGGGGAAGCUUUGUGGUUUUGGAACAAACUGGACAAACAAACCAUGAACCUCCAAAAUCCAAGAAAUAUGGAACCAUUUUCAGGAAUACCAAAUAGGAUUUACGAAGGAAUGUAUUGAUUCUAUCUUUUGAGGCUUCUUUGUAUUUUUUACAUCAAACAGUGGAUUUUAAAAAUGAGCGUUUCCACACUGACUUGAAGCAGCAUUUCCUGCAGUUUGGAUAUUUUAUGAAGCUCUUUUUCCAAUGGAUAAUUUAAGAGUUGAAUGUGAUUAGUCUCCUUCAUGUUCUUCUGGAGAUCUCAGUGAGAAGAAGACUCUUGUUAGUAUUUUGUUGCACUCAGCUGCCUAAACCCGUCUUUACUUUUUCAUUGUAAUGUUUUUUUUCUGUUUAACAGAUUUUUUCUUGACAAAAGCAGUUUGGAGAUAAAUGUGUGGAGCUGCUGGAUCACAGCCUUAUUAUUUAUAUGUUUAGUUUUGAGGCUGAAACAGGACAAGUUAUUUUUAUUAACUGUUAAAGUAUUUGGUAAUAUAUUUUCUUAAACAUUUGUGUACAUCUUUUUAAUGACUUCUUGCUGUUAAAGUCCAAUAAAUCAGAAUUCAAUCAAUCAGAGUAUUUGAUUUUAAAUGAUUAUUUGUGAAACUCAAGCAGGUUUAAUGUUUAAAAACAUCAAAUUGUAAUAUUCUGUGCGUUUCCCUGGCAACAACCAUGUUACAAGCUAACGUGUUGUGUUGGAUAUUCAGUGAAUGGACAUAUUGAGAGAAACUUGUAUUCUCUCAUUAUUAAGCCUCUCCCACAUACAUAAAUCAUCACAUGUACUAACAGGGUUCUACACACUGUGUGUGUCUGUGUGUGUGUGUGAAGAGGUUUGUUUCUUUUCUCCCAAAGAGUCGAAUUGAUAAAUGUAUGAGUGUGUUUUUCCUUAAUCCUCUUUAAUGUGGCUUCACUUCAGCGUUACUAGAUGCUCCCAAUGUGCAGAGACGACAUUGUACGCGGUAAAGUGUGACCUUGUUGCUACAGUAAGCGAAAUAAAUUAAAAACCUUU